GUUUGACAAUUAACAUUUCAUCGAUCUCAUCACGUCAUAAAACGAUUCUCUUUUUGUAAAUACAUCGGUGUUUUUCUAAAAUUUCCAGUUUGUUUAAAACAUUUAAAUCGGAAAAAUAAUUGUUAAAAAUUUCCUUUAUGUAAGUAUACAGAUCUUGCAACAAAAAAAUCUUAAAACGACGAAAAAGACAUGGACAUAAAUAAUGUAGUAGACCUGAGUGGUAAACUCAUUAUAAAAGUUCAACUUGGCGAUGAUAUCCGUCGAAUUCCAAUACAUAACGAAGCAAUAACUUAUGACGAAUUGGUACUGAUGAUGCAAAGAGUUUUUCGCGGGAAAUUAACUUCAACGGAUGACGUUACAAUUAAAUAUAAAGAUGAAGAUGGUGACCUAAUUACUAUAUUUGAUAGUUCAGACUUAUCGUUUGCUAUACAAUGCAGCAGAAUUUUAAAAUUACACAUUCUUAUGAAUAAUGAUAUGCAGUGUGAUACUUCAUCAAGUGGUACAUUAAAACCCACUGAAUUGGCUGAUAUUAAAGUGCAAUUACGUAGUAUCAGAAAUCAAGUAAAUAGAUUACUAGACGCUUUGGAUCAUAAUCCAGUUCCUAGUCAAACUGAACCAAGUAUAGAAGGAGAGUCAGAGAAGGUUCCAACAAAUGGGCCCUCUACGAACGUUGUAAGCAAAGUAAAUUCAAGCGAAUUUGACCCGUUGCAAGAUAAAAAGCAGCAACAGCAAAAUCAAGAUUCUUCGAACAAAAAUGAUCAAGUAAAUUCAUCUUCGUCGGUUAUCAGCCAUGGUGAAAAUGAAAAUCGUCCACAAUCUGUACCGGUGAGACCGACUCCAACGCCUCCAGUUGCGCCCGCAUUGGGAGCUCCCAGCAAUCAAUAUAUUAGAACUCCAACAACGGGGUACCCUCAAGCUACAUAUGCUAACAUGCCAUAUCCAACCCAACAGUACCCAACAUACUCAAAUGCAGGAUAUGUUCAAUCCGAUCAACCCCAAAUGCCAAAUACAAACACUUAUGGUUAUACUCAACCGGGAAUGCCUUAUACAACUCAACAACAACAAUAUAACCAAUCAGGAGUUGUACCUCCAAUUUUUCCUGGGCAAACCCAAGGAAAUCCGUAUUCAAAGACAUACAACCAACAACCUCAUCAAGGUUAUAUGCCCCGUUAAUUAUAUUUUAUUGAUUAUUAACAUCCGCCAUAUUUCCUUAUUUCUUUAUAUUUCUUUGUUAAACUUAAAAGUUGAGGUAUAAUAUUGUGACUUUUCUUUGAUUAAUUAUUAUUAUUCAAUAAAAAAUAUUAUUUUUCUUCUAAAA